UUGGUCAACGCCUGCUGAGCAGAGCACCGGCAACCAAGAAUUAAAAACAAAUAAACAAAAACCAUAUGCAAACGCAUAUUCCGCCAUUGUUGUCAACAAGGUCUCCAUUGUUAACUUCUUUUCUCCAUCUCUAAUGGGAUCCUUCUUCUUCGUCUUCUUCUUUAUCAUCUCUUUCCUUAAUUCCUAUCCCUUUUCUGUCUCUGGUGCUUCUUUUUCUGAAUUUAUCUACCCAAACUUCACUGCUUCACACUUUAGUUUCGUUGACAACAAUGGCGCCUUCUUGUUCUCCCGCAAUGGAACAUUCAAAGCAUCCAUCUACAAUCCCGAAACUCAGGAAACCAACUUUUACUUAUGCGUCAUACAUGUCGAAUCCAACACCAUCAUCUGGUCAGCCAAUCGUGAUUCUCCGAUCACCAGCUCCGGUGAAAUGGAUCUUACCAUGGCAGGAAUUAGUGUUACUGAUUCAGAUGGUGAUUUCAAAUGGUCAACCCCACAGUUACAAGCCACAGUCCUCGCACUAACGCUGACUGAUAUGGGGAAUCUUGUUUUGCUUGAUCAAUCCAAUGGCUCUCUUUGGGAAAGCUUCCAUUAUCCGACGGAUACGAUUUUGAUCGGACAACGUCUCUUGAUCGGGGCGAAUCUGUCAAGUGCUGUCUCGGGAAGUAACUUGUCGACCGGCGACUACAGAUUCGUUGUGACUGGUUCUGAUGCAUUAUUGCAAUGGCAUCAACAGAAGUAUUGGCAACUGUCGAUGGAUACCAAGGCUUAUAUUAACUUGAACUAUGUUGUCGACUACAUGGCAAUAAACGAAACAGGACUUUAUCUCUUUGGUCGGAACGGAUCGGUUGUUGUAAUCUUGCUUAACUUGUCGACGACCAGCUUUCGGAUUGCCAAGUUGGGUAUUUCAGGUCAGUUUUCUGUAAGCAGUUUUUCUAGUGGCAAAUGGGUUCAGGAAUUUGUUGGCCCCAUUGAUGGUUGUCAAAUUCCAACCAGUUGUCACAAAAUGGGAUUAUGCUCCGCUUCUUCAACCUCGAAUGCCCCCGAAUGUUCAUGUCCCUCUGGUUUUCAUUCUGCUUCACAAAAUAUUAGUGGUUGUUUGCCAAAUAAUCUCUCUUCUCUGCCAACUGCAUGUGAUUCAACCAAUAAUGUCACUGUUACCAAGUCAAAUUCUUCAGACAUUUCAUAUAUGAAACUAGGCUCUGGCAUGGAGUAUUUUUCUCUUAUUUUCUCUCAGCCUGAAAUAUACGGUGUAAACUAUUCAGUUUGUCAAGAUUUAUGCUCGGGGAACUGUGCCUGCUUGGGAAUUUUCUACGAAAAUUCUUCUGGUUCUUGUUAUGUGCUUGAAAAUGAAUUAGGCUCCGUUAUUUUAAGCAAUACCGUUGAAGAUGAUCUUCAAGGGUAUAUUAAAGUGCUCGUUGGACCUACAACAGAUUCCAAUGGCGGAAAUGGUGAUAGCAAAAGUUUCCCCACGGCUGCCAUUGUGCUCUUACCUUUUACCGGUAUUUUCCUCUUAGCUGCUCUGGGUUUCCUCUGGUGGAAAAGAUGGAAAUUCAACGAAUCUGAAGAGAGAAAAUUAGGCCACCAAAACUCUUUUGAUUCAGAUGAUCUCGACGACUUCCGCAUUCCAGGUUUGCCCCAGAAGUACAAUUACAAAGAACUCGAAUUAGCCACCGAGAGUUUCAAGACCCAAAUCGGAGCAGGUGGCUUCGGUGCUGUAUACAAAGGCACACUCCCUGAUAAAACUGUUGUGGCGGUCAAGAAGAUAACGAAUCCAAGCAAUCAAGGGAAAAAGGAGUUCUGCACUGAAAUUGCAGUAAUAGGAAACAUUCACCAUGUCAAUUUGGUUAAACUGAGAGGAUUUUGUGCCCACGGGAGACAAAGGUUUUUGGUGUACGAGUAUAUGGACCGAGGCUCAUUGGAUAGACCCCUCUUCGGCAAUGGUCCGGCCUUGGAAUGGCAAGAGAGGUUCGAUAUAGCACUUGGCACCGCUCGUGGCCUCGCGUACUUGCACGGUGGUUGCGAGCAUAAGAUCAUUCAUUGCGACGUUAAACCAGAAAAUAUCCUCUUGCACGAUCAUUUCCAGGCGAAGAUCUCCGAUUUCGGGCUCUCAAAGCUUCUAACACCGGAACAAUCCAGUCUCUUCACAACAAUGAGAGGCACUCGAGGCUAUCUUGCACCCGAAUGGCUUACAAACUCCGCCAUUUCCGAAAAAACCGACGUUUAUAGUUUUGGGAUGGUACUGCUUGAACUGGUGAGGGGUAGGAAAAACUGCUCCAUUAGAUCAAACAGCCAUACAAGCAAUGAAAUCAACAGCGGUGGAGCCAACAACUCCUCGUCAUCUGUAAUUGGAUUGUUUUAUUUUCCACUGUUUGCACUUGAGAUGCAUGAACAAGGCAGAUACUUGGAGCUCGCAGAUCCGAGACUCGAGGGGCGAGUAAGCAACAAAGAAGUGGAGAAAUUAGUACGGAUCGCUUUGUGUUGCGUUCAUGAAGAGCCUGCACUCCGGCCGAGUAUGGCCACCGUCGUUGGGAUGUUGGAAGGUGGGCUUCCUUUACCUCAGCCGAGAGUUGAAUCGUUGAUAUUUUUGAGGUUUUAUGGCCGCAGAUUUACAGAAGCUUCCAUGGUGGACGAGGAAAAUAGGCGAAGUGAUGAUCAGUUGAUGUUAUAUCAAGAAGAAAAUGGCACACGUAGUAGCAUUGUUACAACUGGUUCAGAUACUUGCUUUUCUUUUAUGUCUUCACAGCAAAUCUCAGGCCCCAGAUAAUCUGUAAAUGGUUUUCAAACUUUAGUUACUGUUGCAUAAACAAUAUUGUAUAUGUUUGAAA